GUGAAAUUAGAAUGUUUAUUGUAACAGCUGAAGGGUUUAGAAAUUUAUUGUACUUUAUGAAUAAACAGUUGUAAGCGGAAGGUUCUAAAACAGCAAUGAGAAUCAAGGUCUUAAUUUUGCUUCAAGCUAUUAAAUGUGAUGUCAUGAUGACAUCAUCGGGAAGCGUUGUGUCUCGUACACUUCAUACAUUACUUAUUCGUUUAAUAAAAAAAUAAAACAGAGCGGUAAAUGUGAUUUCUGUUCACAAGAGUGGAAAUUAUUUUGUGAGUUAUUGUCUUUGCAAUUAUUAGCAUUUCGUUUUGUUGGUUUUCGCCAUUGGUGUUCUCCAGAAUCAAUAGCAGUUGACGUCACGGUGGGUGCUUGUUGGAGCGCCGAGCGGCGCUAUCAGUAAGCGGGGGGGGACUAGUGCACUUGUAACUUGGCUAGUAGUGUCAUGUAUUCGCGCAAGUAUCUCGAACUCUCUUAUGUUUUGUUAUUGAUGUAGUGAAUACUGUGCCGCUAAAUUUCUGAUUCGACGUUAAUUGGCAGUAUGGAAAUAUUCUCCAGAUUUUUUGAAAUGGUUAGAACUUUUGAAAAGAAAUAGGAACAGGGGUGCCAGGAGUCUAUUCCAUGGUGCUCCAAUAAAACAUUAAGAUCUGAAUUUGGUGCACAAGAAUAUUGCGAAGUGACAAAGACGCAUCGUAUCAACAUACACAUCUUAAUCGUCGAUAUCGACGAUUCGUACACUGUAUACUCACCGGUGUUUAAUUUAGCGGUUCAAAAUUGCUGCCAUGGGUCGCAAAAAAAUACAAAUAUCCAGAAUCACCGAUGAACGGAAUCGGCAGGUGACUUUCAACAAACGCAAGUUUGGCGUCAUGAAGAAAGCGUAUGAGUUAUCAGUUUUAUGCGACUGCGAGAUAGCACUCAUAAUCUUCAGUAGCAGUAACAAGCUCUACCAAUAUGCUAGUACGGACAUGGACAAAGUUCUACUUAAAUAUACAGAGUACAACGAGCCUCAUGAGUCACUUACCAACAAAAACAUUAUCGAGAAGGAGCAUAAAAACGGAGUGAUGAGUCCUGACAGCCCUGAACCUGAGACCGAAUACCAAUUGACACCUCGUACUGAAGCCAAGUACAGUAAAAUAGAUGAAGAUUUUCAGAUUAUGUUACAAAGAAGUCAAAUGAAUGGACAAAGGGGUAGUAUGAGCUCAUCAAAUUAUUCCCAGCCAGUUUCCGUACCUGUAAAUAUAAGUUACAGUGAUACUGGUCUCCUACAAUCUAGUCCACAGAUGGCUCAUACUAGUAUCAGUCCUCGACCGUCUUCUUCAGAAACAGACUCUGUGUAUCCAAGUGGAGGAAUGCUGGAAAUGAGUAAUGGAUAUCCAAAUUCAGCAUCUCCAAUGGGUGGAUCACCUUCUCCUGGACCUUCUCCAGGUCCUGGACUCAGCACAUCUAAGCAACAUCCAAAGCAACACUCACCAGGACCAAGAUCAAAUUUACGAGUAGUUAUACCCACGCCUCUAGGACCAAGUAUUACAACGGACGAAGUUUCAUAUACAGAAACUUCUGGGUUAUCAAGUUAUCCCAGUUCCUUGACAUCAUUUGGAGCGCAAGAUUUCAGUAUGGGUUCAGACAUCGGACUGGCGUCAAUGUCUUGGAACCACCAGAUACCUACUUCUUUAACACAUAACACUCCAUGCCUACCGCACCUUGCAGUUUCCAGUAGUACUCCACCACCCACAUCAUCAUCACCACUUCCUGUUAAAAUUAAGAGCGAACCAAUUUCCCCUCCAAGAGAGCAUCAUCCACAUUUGAGUACAGCCGUCCACCAUUCACAUGUUCAAACUUUGAAUUUGACUCACAGCCAUCACCCUCGGCCUAGUUCUGCUGGACAAAUAACACCAACGCCGGGCAGUGUGACCCCUACCAAUCUCCCCUCACCUACCGGAGCUGCGAGUAGCGGUACAGAAUACAGUGAUUCUGUACAGAUGCAUAAGCGGCCCAGACUUACAGACUGGCCAUCCUAGAGCAGUCACUAUAAUUUGUUCUCAACUACGUAGGACACUAAGUGCCAUAGUGAUACAUAAUUGUGGAUGAUUGUAAACAUAGUGUUACUGUUUAAAUUGCCAAUUAUCAUCCAUGUGAUAAACUACGAGUCUUGUAGAGCUAUUAUUAUUAUUACUGAACUGCGGAAACUUUGUAAGUGAACAGAUAAAUUUUGUAAAAAGAAUAUAAGAUUUUUACAAAGAAUGAAAUGUGUGUGUACUGAGGUUAAGCAUCAGUAAAGUACUGUACUCUCGAUUCAAAAUAACAUGUGUACCACAUGGUGCAAAAAAAUUUUUUUCGCCACCAAUUUGUUAUUGGACUGGGAAAUGAAAUUCAUCUUUCUAUAUUUUUUUUAUUUAUGCUUUCAGAACAUGCUUUAGAAUUCUUUCUCUCGUUUUUUUAUUUAUCAAUUUUAAUAAAAUAACAUAUUAACAUACCUUUUAGAAAGCUUCUUCAAAGUCAAAAAUCUUGUUUGACUAUAAACAUUACAUAUGGGAUCUAUUAAAUUGUUGUAGCAGUUAGAAAAAAUUAAUGUAAGAAAAUUGGAAAUGGAGUUGCUAAAGGCUGAUGAACGAUAUUUAUAAUACAUAUUUGAAGAAAGUAUAGUAUAUCAACUGGUAACAAAACAAACAAGUUUCAUUUGAGUUAAUGGAGUAUGAUGAUGCAUGCGGUAUAUUUAGGUAUUGAAGAUAUGUAAUAAUAUUUCCCCUAAAUAUUUCCUGGAUUGAUUACAGUAUGAAUCUAAAUCAUGCAAGAAAAUUACAUAAUUUUAUUAUUUACAGAAUUUUUUUAUGGAUUCCUCAGAUUAGAAUUUAAAAAAAUGAAUAUGAUAAACUGAACUUUUGACAGACACUUAUUAUAAUGUAGAGAGAAACAAUUCUUUAAGCUGAUAACUUUUAAUUAUCUAUUUUAAUUUGAACUGUUUCGAUUGUUAGUACUUUAUUAUGUGUAUGUAUAUAAUAACACGUACAUAACUGGAAUAUGUAUAUUCUUUAAAAAUGUUUUCAACAUUUUCACCACAAAAAAAUAAUGUAUGGAAGUCCAGUAUAUUUUUGUGUUUUUGCAAUGUUUAGUUUAUAGACUUUUAACAGUGAAUUGGUUAAUAUUAAGUUGUUAUAUUUAAUUGGUUUCAUAUUAUUACCUCAUUGAAAUGUCAUUUCAUUGUAACAACUUUUUUCACAUUACUACUAUCAUAAAAAAUAUAUUGAGUUUCAUACAUUAAGUAAAACAGAUACAGGGUGCACUAUUAAAACUCCUUUCAAAUAAAAUAGGAUACUAUACUUUAAUAUUGUUUAUUCCUAUCUUCAAUGACUAACAGAUUCAUGAACUUGACAAAAAUCAAUUUUUUAAAUUCAGGAAAAGAAAGGAUUAGAGUAUCUUCGAUAUUUUUUAUUAUACAAUAAGAUAGUUCUUUUCUGUAUAUCUAUAUCUAUUUUAUGUCCUAUUCCACCUACUGCGAAUUCUUUGUAAAAAUAACCAAUUUUUUAAAAUGUUUUUGGAUGGGAGUACAAUCCCUUAUUGUAUAGGUGAGUUGGUUUUGUCAGAUACAAAUUUCACCAAGGAACAAUUUUCUAGAAAGUACUAAAUGUCUAAUGAUUUUUGUCUUGGUUUAUGGCCAUUACAGAUAAAUUAAGUGCAAUGAGUACGAGUUAAACUCAUUAAUACCCAUCAAAUUGUAUGAUUUGAUCUGAAAAAGAUGAUUGAAGUGCAUAAAAAAUGCCAGUGUAUAAAAUAAAUGUUUAACAGUGCACCCUAUAUAAAACUAACAUUUUGUUCUUAUUUGAAAGAGAUGAUAUAUCUAUAUAUAGUGCCAUUAUUUUCAUGUAAUUGUUAGUGUCUUUUUUAUAAAUGUUUUUAGAAAAAUAGAAUAUUUAAAAUGUACACUUGUUAUAUUAGUGAGGAUGCAGCCACUAACAACAUACAGAGCAGAUGAAAAAGUUGUCUUCUAACUUCUCAAAAAAGAUGAGAUAAAUACAUGAAACUAUUCACAGAGUAGAAACAAUGUUAUAAAGACUGCUGGUCCUUCCAUAGUUGCCUUAAAAUUUUAUACUGUCUAUUAAAAUUUUAAAUAUGCCUUAACAUUUCACGUAAUCAAGGCAUUUUGUACUCAAGAAUCAUGUUUGUAGUUUUACUACAGUGUAAAGUAACAGCAAAAUGUUACCCAAUACUUCUAUAUAAUUUACAUUCGUGAAGUACCUUAAUUUCCAUUAAUUAUUUAGUUUCUGCUUGCUAGUCAAGUGCUCCAAGUGAAUGAAUCAGUAAGCAUAAAGAUACUUUGGUGUCCUGGGGUUAAGUAUUUUCAAAACAAAAGACAAACAAUAUACAACAGUAGAUAGUUCAUUGUGAUAUUUAUAUUGUUCAUAAGCAUGUGUUAAUUACCAUAUUGUUAGACCAUUUUCAUUGUUUAAAUACUUUACAUUGUAUAAUUCAUAAACAGUAAAUCUCUAACUUUUAAGUUUACUGAAUGUAGUUAUUGAACAAGAAAACUUUUGUAAAAUAGGUAAUAGUGAUAAGAAAUUAUAUUUGAAAGACCAGACAUCUUCUCCACAGUAGAUGGACAUAGAUGGAAAUUUUUUUACCUGCUGCUAACAAGUGCCUGGUCUUUUUAGGAAUUGUUAUUAAUAUUUUCAUUCGUUGAUACUACAAAAAAUGUAUUUAUCUCAACUUUGGACUUAUUUAUGUUGGUUAGACUUUUAUCUGGAGCUGUUUGUACUAUGCAGGACACUUCUUUUGUUAUAUAACAAUGUAUUUGUUGUGUUGUAUUGGUGCUUUCCCCAUUCUAAUAGAGCAGUAGAAAUUGUACAUUUGUAAACAAAAACCAAAGAUCAUUUAUAUUUGUUGUUAAAAGUGUUGAAUAUCAGUCUGCGAUCACGCAACAAAGAUAUUGAAAUUUAGCUGUGGUUAGUACAAUAUUCACUUUUUGUGUCCCUCUGAGAACGUUAAUUUUUUCUGUUUAUUAUUUUCAUCGAUGUUUAACAAAAGUAGUAUAUCUCUAUAUAAUCUAUACUAUUUGUUUCAUAUAUUCCAUCUCAUUUAUAAGUGAAAAACCUGAAGCUCUACCGAUUACUCUACCAAAAACUACCGAUCUCAAGGUUGAAAAUCGUUUUGCGAUCUAUUUAUUUAAGUCAACUGUUCAGAUAAUUUUACUAAAAGUAAAAAAAAUCAUCUGCAAUUUGUGCAUAUUUUGAAAAAAAUAUUACUAAUGAAAAAAUUUUGAUGGAAAUCUUUGCAGAUAAUAAAUAGAGUAUAGCGAAAAUUAAACAAAAAACGUCAAUAGAAACAAUAUUAAAAACAAUUCAUUUCUAAACAUAAAUUGACCAGGGCCGUAGUUUUAGGUCGCAAGAAAAGAGACAGAAAAUUUGUUCCAUGAGCACAGAAGAAAACGUUAGAAAACUUUUUCAAUGUCCUAUCUAUUCAAAUUUUGAAAUUAUUUGCUGUAAUGCACCCCAUAUCACGGUGUUAAUGUAAGAUGUGUAUUCUAUUCAUAGAACAGCUCUUUUUUCUUUAUGAUACUUUGUCUUUGGUAUCAUAAGUUAAUUCUAAAUAAUUCUGAGACUAUCCUCUUUCUUGAACUUUUGCUCAUGGCUAAACUUAAUACAAUCUUCUUCUUCGUUUGAACAAUGGCAGGUAUUUUAUAAACUAUAAACUCUCAACAAUUUAUAGGAGUUGCCGAUAAUUCACAUUUACAAAUGGUUUCACAUAGCCUAUAAGGUUAGAUAAACACACUUUCAAAAAUUUUACACACCGCUGGUAUUUUUUUUCGACGUAAAUUUUAUAAUUAUUUAUACAUUUUAAAGAAACAGAAGCAGUGGCGAGCGGGCAUCGAAAUGACCAUCCUUGUAUUUCCACAGAAAGACAAGAUCAAUACAUAAUCCAAUCAGCUCGUAAAAAUCGAUUUAUGACCUUUUUUGAACUGAGAAGUAUCAGAGGAUUCACUACCGGAUUAUUUCCAGUGUUUUUAUCUUAACUGCCUCUCUUUAAUACUUCCUAGUCCACUCACUCAGCUACAGUAGGUGCAGGCUCUCAAAAACUUGUUACUAGCCCAAUGGGGAUACAGCCUUUCCAUAGAUAAGGCAAGAAUUGGUAUGUUGACUGAUAAUUAUUGAAUAAGAGUUUUAAGAGAACCAGGGCGUGAAUAUAGACUAGAUGCUGUUCAAAUUUUAUUCUUCUUGAGUGAAACAGAAAUCUUCUGAGAGGGUGUAAUGUACAGUUGAAAAACAUAAUCAAUGCACAUAUCAGGGACAAUAUUUGGCAAAAUUAUCUGCAAAAUAUAAUAGACCUUAUGAUUCUUUCCUUAUAAGUGAACAUUUUUAUUAUUAAUCAAAUCACUCUAGUAGUAAGGGAAGUAUUGGGAAGUGCAAACUUCAGAAAGUUAGACUGGCCGACAAUAUCAUCAAAUGAAUCGCAUUCAACAUUGUGUGCUUAUAGACUAAGAGUCUUUUUUAGGCGAAGCAAUUCACCAGCGAAUGCCGAAGACCUUCUAAAUGCAGCUAUUGAAGAGUUAAGGAACAUUACCAAACAUUGCAAAUACAAGUUGCUGCGAUUAUAUGCAAUGGGGAACACAUAUUACUAAUUCAAUGUUGAUUUAAUUUGUCUGGUUUUUUUGAAUUUAAUGUUGUACGAAUUUUAAAUUUUUACAUUGCUUUUAGUUUUCCACUUUCCAUUUUUUUAAGGGAUUACCUUGCGAUAUCUGCUUUAUUCAUUCAUUUUUUUAUAUCCUAGUCCUUAAAGUUUUUCCAUAUUAGAUAAUAGGGGGUGUAAUACUUUUGGAAGUGUAGUUUUUUAAAUAUUUGAUUAGAACGAUAAUUCUAAAAAAAGGUAUCAUCAUAUGUAUAUUGUUGGUAGCAAUGUACUAAUUGUUUUUUAUAAAAAGUAAAGCUGUGCCAUAUUGAAUACAAAUGUUCACAUCAGUGUUAUAUAUUGAAGUUUACAUUGUUGCCAGAUUAAUGUUGUCUAUAUUGUAUAGUUUUCAAUAUUUUAUAUUCCAUUUGUGCCAAUUCGGUCUUAAAAGGUAUAAAGUUUUAUUGUUAUAUAGAUGUUUGAAAUUUUUUAUUAAAAAAACGGAAAAAAUUAAAUUUCUCAUUAGUAUCACAUUAGCACUUUCUCAAAUGUAAAGCUACAAUUGUAACAAUACUGUUUUUGUUAUAUUUACAAUCAAAUGUACUAUACACUUACUGGCUGUUGAUGUGGUGUGUCCCAGCUACGCGGAUAAUUUCCAAUAAGGAUGUAUAUAUAUAUAUAUAUAUAUAUAUAUAUAUAUAUAUAUAUAUAUAUAUUAUGUAUAUAAUUAUUGUGAGGUUGUGACAAUAAAAUCCCAAAUGUAUUCCUUCUAAUAUAAUCCAAACUUUCAAAUAAUUUCAUCAUAAAUAUAGAAUGAAAAUACGAACAUGGUGUAUAUCAAAUAACUGAAAACAUUUGAAAUUACAUCAAUUAUAUAUUUUUGUUUUAUAAUUAUGACCAUAAAUACAGUUCACGAGGAAAAAUAUAGUUAUUUGAAAUCUUGGAAUAAAUAUCGAAGGGAAUAUACUUUGGAAUUUUAUUUCCACAACCCCAUAAUCAUAUUAGACUUGCAAGGUGUAAUAUGAAUAUAUCUGACACAUUUUAAUCAUUAGUUUCCUUACAAAAUAUAUUUCAAAGUUAUAACUGUAUUAUGUAAGACAUCUAUAUCAAAAGGUGUAAACCAUAACUCGAAUAAUAUUUGUAAGAAAACUUAGUCAGAACAAGCAUUCAUUUGUUGUUUUUCAUGUCUAGUUCCUAAAUAUUUUUACACCAAUUUUAUCUAAUAUUUGCGAAGUCUAAUAUAUAUAAUUUUUCAACUUAUUUAUCUGAGAGUAUUAUCCGUGCCUCCUCCACACCAUGAUGUUCACUGUAUGUACAGUACUGCUUUCCCGAGGAACCUAGAGUGUUCAUUGCUGUAGCCUUUCAAUUUGUUUGUGGUUUCAAAGUACAUCUAUUCUGUAUAUUGACCUAACACAAAAUAAAAAAUAUAAAUAAAUAUGAAUGAUAAAAUUUUUAUUAUAUUAUACAUAUAAUAUAUAUUUUACUACUGUUGUGUGCACAAAUCUUGCACAUAGUAUAAAAUUUUAUUAUAGAUGAUUGCAUUCUUUUCUUAGUCCGUUCAUUUGCCUGCCUAUAUUUUUGUGAAAUAUCCAAUAUUUUAACAUAUUUUUCAAUUCAACUCAUGUAUGCUAUGUGAAAAUGCAAAAUAUUGGAAAAUACUUAAUAACAUUUGCAAUAUAUCUGAGAGAUAGAAGAUUUUACUUUAUCAGAGAAAGACCAACGUCCCGUCCUUCGACCAAUUAUGUUAGAAACUACAUAGGGCUAUUUUGAGUUCAUUCACAAUUUUUAUACCAAUCAAACAUUUAUUAUAAUUUAAAGUAGUAUAGUUCGAAGAUUAAUUUUCGGAAUCAAAAAUAUUGAAGUAAUAAGAUAAUUUUUCUUUAAUUCACAUUUUCAAAUUAUCUUACAUGUAGUUUGCAUUUUUUGAUCAUUUCUAGUUUUACCAUAGUAAAUGAGCAUUGUUUCUACUAAAUUAUGAAAUACAUAGAUCCAAUAUUGCUUUUGAGAGUUUCCAGUAAUAUUAUAUCUUCAAUUUUGUUAGUUUCUCUAUAAUUUACUAAAUUUAACUUGUAUAUUGAGGUAAGCUAAUAAUCGUUAGUGCCAUUGAGUUUCAUAUUAAAAUCAUCGUGCUAGGUUUGAAGUACAUUUGUUUAAUUAAUAUUAAAAAUCCUUGUGAUAACGAAUAGGCUUUAGGUCGAACUACGAAAAGUAUGCAAAAUAUUUUUUUGAACUGGGAUAUUUUUAAAAAUCGUCCUUGGUAUUUCAGCAAAGAUGAAUUGACCCUAUUUCCACUAAACUAUUGUAGGAUUGCCUUACUCACAGUGCCUCGACAGUAUGUACGUAUCUUUUGUGUAGUACAUAAUGAAUGGCUUGUAUUAGUCAUUUUUCGAUGUUCAUAUCCAAUGUUUGACAGCGGCUGCGGUAAUAUCUAUCUCAAACUACUAUUCUUGCGAUCGUUUCUGCAAUAAAAAAGAUGAAGUGGCAAUGUAUAGUUCCACAUCACUUGAAAGGAGUAAUUUUUUGCAAUUAGUUUAUCAUAUGAAUAUCAAAUAAAAUGUGCUGAGUAUUUUAAAGAAUAUCAAAUAAAAAUGAAAUUAUAUUAUUUUGCAUCUCUGAGCUAGUUAAAAGAGGAUAUGUUGACAGCUAGUAUCUAUUCCAGUUAUGUCAGGCAGCUACUCACCCCACCUUCUCACCGAUCACGCUUUGUGGUAAAAAUUGUAACAAUAUCCGUUGACAUUUAUGAGAAAUAGUAGUCUUGAAUGAUUUCAAAUUAAAUUAAACUAUAUUAGAAAAUUUGAGCUUUAGUUUUCUGAUAAGGCGUGGUAAUGGCUCCCUCCCAUAGGGAUACAAAUUAAAAACACCAACUGUGAUCAUGUCAUCUCAUGUACAGCUUUGAGAAUCUAAAGACAAAAUCAAAUACCUUGCACUCAAAGAAACUGCGAAAGUCGACCAAUGUCACACUUUUAGGGGAAAAGUAAUUGUAUAUCUGUGGUGAAUGACUGAAGAACUGGACAUUAUUGUAGUGCUACUCUACCCCAGUGGUUCUUAAUAAUCUACAAUCUGUAAUAAUUAAGCUUUCUCUAACAUUUUAAAUUAUAUUUGCAGAUAAUAUUAGUUAUACCAUAUUAUUGUUUGGGUGGAAAAAAACAACUUUGCUCUUCCAUUUGCUGUUUACGUGAAUGAGUGAUUAUGUGUUAAAUAAUCAUGUUUUCAAUCCGCUUUUUCAUAUCAUCUCAACAAAUGACAAAGUUAUUUAAAACAUAUAUGCAUUCCCAAACGAUGAAUGUGCAUGUGUUGACAGGUUAAUUUAAAUCCUGGACGAUCAAGUUCAAUUUUAUCUCAAGUGAAAAUUAUAUAAGACCAGAUUCAUAAUGAAGAAUUGCAAUCAUUAAAUACAAAACCUUCACACCAAUCUUAUCAAAUGUACGAUUCAUAAUUAAUCCUCAAUUUACAGACGCAUUAUUUUUCGAUAUUUUGUUAUAAAUAUAUUUUUUUCUGAUUAAUUCUACAAAGCCAAACAAUUGAUUUGUUUUAUCAUUAGUUAUAUUAAUUGAUUGGAAAUGCAAAAGUGCGUCUACCCAAUAAAGUAUAAGCUAGAUUUUUGGAAUAAACGGUCAUUUUGAAUCGUAUUGCCGGUAAAAAAAGAUAUUUGAAAUUUAUCCCGUUCAAAAAGUUCUAGGGAUUGUUUAUCAUAUGCUCCAAAUGAAGAGUUUUGCAUCAAAAUAGAUCAUUGUGUCCAUAUUGUUUUGAUUUAUUAUAUAAUGUAGAAAAAAUGAGAUACCCCUCAAGUUUUUGUGUAAUUGAAAAAAUUAAGUUACUAUUAAAAUUGAUGUAUGAGUAGUGUAGUUGAAUUGAAUCAAAUGGGAUGGAAAUAACAAUGAGAUUGUGAGUGAUAUAUAACAAUAUUAAACGAGCAAAUAACGCAAUUGAACUAAACACAUAGUAAGAAUGGAAUGGAAAAAAUUACUUGAAUGAGUAGUAAAGAACAAUGAAUGGCCAGACCAAAAAAAGCUUAGAAUGAAUAUAAGAGAUGUAAAAAAAAUUAAGAAAGGUGGGAAAAAUGGAGUAGAUUAAAAGUUGGUUAUCUUGGUGUAUUAGUUAUAAAGCUUCGGUUUUGCUUGUGAUAACAGAAUUGGUGGAAGGUUGAUAUAUUCAUGUUUCUUUUCAUAUUCUGUUCAAGUCUUCCUGCCUUUAUUUAAAUUUAUCAUUUAUAAUGAAUUUCUAAUAAACUGCCAAGGAUCAAAUUGAUAAAAAGUUUCUCAUUUCAUUCUACUUUGAAAACAAUUUUCUUUCUUUCAAGCGAUUAAAAAUAAUUUUUCCAGUUGUUUUUUGUGUACAAGAAAUUUGUUAUACAAUUUCAUGUUUAUUUCAAUUCAAUUUAUUAUUCUUUAUUUGUACAAUAUAUAUGAAGAUAUUUUGUACAAAUAAGUCGAAUAUAAUGGAAAAUUUUUACAAGCUCUCCAUAUAGUUCUGCUUUAAAUAUUUGUUUUGUGGUUUAUAUUACUAAAAUAUUAAUAUUAAUAUUAAAGAAGAGUAGGCUUGAUACAAAAAAUCCUAACUCCUAAGCAUAAGGGCAGUUAAUACUGUUGUAAAUAACUAUUCUGUAUUUUCGGAAAAUAUUCCAUAGAAACUACACUUUUAUGAUUUUCUAAGUUUGUACGAAGAAAUGGAAAGGACUAUUCUCUAUCGCUUGAAAAAUUAAAAUGCCUUAUUUAAAAGGAAACUAUGAUAAUAUAGUGGUUUCAAUUGAUCAUGAAAGUGGCCUUAGAUUUCAAAAAUACAUAUAGUUGUGAAAAUGAUUGAUUGAGUCAAUUGAUUCUAGGAAGUAUUAUAAGAGAUUUUAUAUGCGAUUAAAAGAGAAAAAAUUGAUAGAAGAUUUGAGUUAAGUUGAAAUUAAAUUAUGAAAUUCAAGUAAUUAUAUAUAGUAUUUAGAUCUGUUAGUUAAUUUUCUUUAAAAAUGAAAAGGCAUAUGAUAAAAAUAUUUUAGUGUCAAUAUUUUUAUGGUAGUUGUGAAUAAAAAUCAUUGACUAGUUGUUAUGUACCCAAAUAUUUUAACUUUAUAUCUCUGUUAUUUUAUGUUCUAUCUAUUAAACAGAAUAGUUUCUAAAUACUCGUAUAAACGAUUGUAUAAUUUUCAAUAAUACUGAAUUUGACAUGAUUGGCAUAUUUAUGAGUAUUUCACAAUGUUAUAAGUUUGAUUGACAAGUUUUGUUUCACAAACGUAGAGGCUCGUAGUUUGAGAUAGUGUUUUAUUUUUAAUAAUUACAGGGUAUAACGCCAUUCUACACCUUACACUAGGUGGCACGUUUUUACUAACCAGAUAAUGGUUACCGCUGCUUUGUGCCUUCUUAUUAUUCUCAACCCCUUUUACGAUAUCUCUUUGAUAGCUUUUGUGUCACUGCACUUGAGUACUGUUACUGCUUCUUAUAUGUUAAAAAAGUUGUGAAUUAAAAACUACCACCAAUAAAAAAAUAUUCUUGGUCGUGGUAUAGUCAUUGUUUUAGUUGAUGUCAUUGACAUUUGUUUUAUAUUGGAAAUAUUCUCGUCAUCAUACUUUUAGUUAAUUAAUGUUAAGUCAUUGAAUUUUGAGCCUCGAUUUUAAAUGGACGGUAAAGCCAGCUACAUAUGUAUAUAUAUAGCCAUAUUUUGUUGUAUGACAUCAUCUUAAUGUUAGCUGUAUCAUUUGCACAUAAUUAUUUCAUUUUAUUCUGCAAAUUACGUCCAUUUUUAACAUAGGCAUUUUUUUAAUCAUGUGCAAUAUUAAUCUGUCAUUUAUUUAUCUAUGAUGUAUUUGAAUUAAAACCAAAUAAAAUUGUUUGUUACA